AUGAGCGAUUCCAACAUCACGCAUGUGGCACCAGCGCCUGUGGUAUUAAAACGGUCCAGAGCCGCGAAAACCAAAGCUCAAGCGAUCGAGGGUACCCGAGUGACGAAGCUGACUCAAUGGCUGUUCCAUAACCAGAUUGGGCUCGCCUUCUAUGCCAUCGCUCCUCUGCUCAUCGCAAACACCUUCAUUCCGGGUUCGCGCCCCUACACAUCCAAAUUCUUCACGCUCUCGUAUCACAACCCGGCCACGAACAAGUACGGGGCGGGCCACGAUGACCUCUGCUUCGUCGCAUCUUGCGUGAUGCUGUGCAUCGGCAUUCGCGCGGCCUUGAUGCGACACGUCCUCGCACCCCUCGGCAGGCAUCUGGGAAUUUCCAAGACGAAGGACAUCACUCGGUUCUCGGAACAAGGCUGGAUGCUGGCUUAUUACAGCGUUUUUUGGCCGCUUGGAAUGUAUCUCUAUUGCAAGUCGCCGUACUACCUCGACAUGAAGGAGCUCUGGACCGACUGGCCCAAGAGGGAGCUUGAUGGGUGGAUGAAGAUGUACAUCCUGACGCAGUGGGCCUACUGGGCCCAGCAGGUCGUUUCCGUCAACAUCGAGGUUCGCCGCAAAGACUACUGGGAGACGAUUGUCCAUCACGCCAUUACCAACUCCCUCAUUGCCGCAUGCUACGCCUACCACCAGACCCGGGUCGGCCACCUGAUCUUGGUGCUCAUGGACGUCAUCGAGUUGAUCUUACCGCUGGCCAAGUGUCUCAAGUAUGUCGGCUUCACGACCCUGUGCGACGUCGUGUUCGGCGUGUUCCUCUUCGUGUGGAUCUGGACGCGGCACGUCUUCUACCUGAUGGCCUGCUGGAGCGUCUACUACGACCUGCCUCGGAGCCUGAAGCAGCCGUGCUUCCGAGGCGCCACCGAGCACAUUGAAGGCCCCUUUCCGGCGCCCGAAGAAGGCUGGUCGCAUCUCCUCGAGCCGUUUAGGGAUCCCCAGGGCACGGUAUGCAUGACGGACGGGAUCACCAAGGGCUUCUUGACCUUUCUGCUUGCUCUCGAGGUUGUCAUCUGCACGUGGUCCUUCUUCAUCGUCCGGGUGACGGUCCGGGUGCUCAAGGGAGCGCCGGCAGAAGAUGUCAGAAGCGAAGACGAGGCCGAGGAAGAGAAGGAGGACGACGAAAGGAAGGAGGAGCAGGUCGAGUACGAGAUGGUAGAGGCUCUGUGUGUAGAGGAAGACGUCGGCGUGGAGUCCAUUGACUUGAAGGCCUGGGAGCGCCGCAACGCCAGGAGGGACGCCGGUUCGAGGGCGAGAGGCGCCCGGGUUCACAGCCAGAGUGACCGGAAAGAUCUGCUCAACAGAAUCGGUUGCGAGAAGCAGAUCGAGUAA